GCCCUUUCUGUAAAACCUGUCCUACCAGUUCCUAACCGACAACAAAUUUAACCGUCUAGGACAAGAAGUGACGGUUUGGGACAAAGCUAACGCCUUUAUUCUCAGUCAUCGUAACCUUUUCGAAUGUUUUCUAGUGAAUUUCUGUACUUGUAAAGGUUUCCACACCUGGCUACUCAGGUUACGCGGUUCUUGGAUUUUUUUCCAGUCCGCCAUCUUAGUUUUCGGACAGUGCACUGCAGACAAAGACAGCAGACGGAAGCCUGUAGACCAUCGUCUCAGCAGCUUUAUUCUAAGGACUGAAUACAGAGACUAACCCUUCAUCAUGGUACACGGAAUAAGAUACAGAAUCGCGGGGAUUGUGAUCGGUUUCUGCGCCUUGGUGUUUGCUGUAGUGUCUAUAGCGUCCACUAGCUGGCUGACCUAUGACGGGUACUGGGAGGACGGGCUGUUCAGACGCUGUUGGUGGGACUGGACGCUAGGAUGCAAACAGAUCGGACCAGAAGACCCCGCAGACGGCCGUAUGUGGUUCCACGGUGUCCGGUUCUGCGCCUUGUUUGGUCUCUUCCUGGUGUUCGCUUCGUUCAUCAUGGCGGUGGUGGGCCUGGCCAAGAACGGCACGGCCGCCGACAAGCCGCUGGUGUCGGGUAUCGUCAUGAUCAUAGCCGCUAUCCUGCUGCUGUGCGGUGUGAUCGUGUACACAGCCUACACAGGAGACCCCGUGGUGGGGAACAUCACGCACUACGGCUGGUCCUUCAUCCUGGAGUGGAUCGCCUCCGGGCUGGCCUUCAUCUCCGGCGGGCUGCUCAUCAGCGCCUGGGACUCAGGCUACUACUCCUACCCCACGGACAAGACCAUCUUGACUUAGGCUUAGGUCACAUUUCCAAACCGGGGCCCGGCCGGGAUGUUUUAAGAAACGAAUGAUUAAACCGUAUACCUAGAAAUCUACACAAACCAUGCCCAUGAAUCUUGUUUUGACAUUUUGUGUAUUUUGAUGUCUUUUAUAUAACCCUUUUCGUUCCCGAAAGCUGCCCGGCCGGGCUGUUUGUGAAAACGAAAAAUAGAAAUGUAUACGUAGAAAUGUACACAAAUAAUGCACAUGACUAUUCUUGUUACGUCUUGUAUAGUUUGAUGUCUUCUAAAUCAUACUUUUCGUUCCCGAAAGCUGCCCGGCCGGGCCCCGGUUUGGAAGGGACCCGUAGGCCUUAGAGAGGACUUACAAUGUCACACGUACAAGAGAUGUUGGUGGCACUGAGUAUAUUUUUCGGGCAAGAUUAACUGAUGUAUGUAAACAUGUAACGGAUGGAUUAUGUGCAAAUCGACGCAGUGCGAAUCAAUGAAUUGUAUAUUUUAUGAAUGAAUUAAUUCGAAAUAGUUUAGAAAUCUGGCUUAAAAGCGUAUACGUACACGUGGCAAGAAAUAUACAUUAGACUCUUCAUUAGCCGUAUAAUUGAUAUACGAGAUACAUUUAGCAUGUACAAUAUCACUUCUUUUAGCUGGCGUAGUAUGUUUGGUUUACGAAUGUUGGCGUAAGGGUGUUUGGUGUAGGCAUUUUCUCUUGUUUGUAAACUGAUCUCUCCUUAGGUUAGUGUUCUCUUUUGUACCUACGUCGUUUUUUGAUAGAAAAUAUAGACGAAGUACUAUAGUAUUUACAUUUACAUUAACUAUAUAAUGUCCUUAAAAUACAACCUUAAAGAGAUUUUAUAUGUCAGCGAUUACUGUACAAAAUACUUUGGUAAGAUUUUUAAGGUUGGCUAUGCAUAUGCCUGUAUUUUCAACCGAAGAAAUGCACCGACUGCACUCUAUAAGUAUUGUAUACUCUAUCUUAUCAAAUCAUUGAAAAGUUAAGCUUUCUACAAAAAACGUCCAUAAUCAUGUUUGUAUAUCUCAAUUAAACGGACAAGACGAGGUCUAUA